UUUUCAGUUUACAAGAAUUGUACAGAAGUUUAUCAGUUCGGUAUAAAGAUCAAUGGGGUGUACAAAAUCAAUCCUGAUGGUCUGGGCGAAUUUGAAGUGUACUGUGAUCAGAAAACUGCUGGUGGAGGUUGGACAGUGUUCCAACAGAGGCAAGAUGGCUCCGUGGAUUUUUACCGCCCUUGGCAUGACUACAAACGAGGCUUUGGUAAUCUGAACGGCGAGUUUUGGCUCGGAUUGGACAAGAUUCAUCGUUUGACUGUAAGCGGCAGUUACAAGCUUCGCGUGGACUUGGAAGAUCUUCAAGGCAGUCCAGCAUUUGCAGAGUACAGUUCAUUCGCUGUGACGAGCGAGAGGGUGAAAUACAAACUGAGUUUGGGCAGUUAUAUUUGGGCAGUUAUUCAGGUACGUCUUUUUAGGACACUUCAGUAUGCAAUUUUCCGCCCAAGAUAUCGAAUAUGAAGAAAGCCCCACGUAUCAGGCCUUCUAUCAUUUGCCCGUUUCUCUUCUUUCUCCAAAGAAAGUCAAGAAAAGCCUUAGUGCCGAGGCUACAUCCAGCCUCGUCCCCAGAUCAGUUCGCGCUAUGCGAAUAGGGUUUUUAAAAUACCACGACGGCGACGACAACGAGAACGUCAAAAAGCAAUGCUUUAAGAUUAGCAAAACAACAACUCUGCACGUGCAUCACGCUUUUUUGUACAUUUCAUUGCCAUCACUGACACUGUUCGACUACCGCGGGAAAAUGCCCAAUUUCACGUUUUUAUGGAGGACGUAAACAAACGAUGGCUAAAUUUUCCUUCUCUUUCUUAACUUAAAUAUGGUUCUAUAAUACGAACUCGACUCAAAAAAUAGUUCGUUGCAUUUGACAAAGUAAAUGAGUUAAAGUCAUCGCGGUAGAGGUUGAAAGAACCCAAAUUCACCUUUCGAGCGACGUUUUCGUGGCCUUCGCCGUCGUGGUAUCUUAAACCCCCUAAUGAUCGGAGGAGUCUGGGAACCGAACGUCCAGGGCGAAUACUGCCGACAUACUUAAAGGGGACGUCACAUCAAAACUCGCCAAGGACGACCGGUAAUGAUGCUGGACUAUACGAUAUAAACGCAAAUCUAGACUGACUACUUGCUCUACUUUGUUAGUGUGCGUCAAUUUAAAAAGGGAACUUGUAUAACUUACGUUUUGAGACUUAAAAGCUUGUAAAACUAUUUGAACAAAAUUUACUACAUGAUGAAUAAAUAAAUAUAAUUUUACUGGUCACUUGGUUUUCUCCAGUCAGCAGCAAUAUUCAAAUCAAAAGCCUCUCAUUCAUCAUAUGAAAAAUAGGGACACUAUAAUUCAAGGUGUUGUUUUUGUCCUUUUUUAAGGUACCGCUGGAGAUUCCCUUAAUACACACAGAGGACAGCCAUUUACCACCAAAGAUCGUGACAAUGACAAUAACGGUGGUAGUAACUGUGCCGUGAAAUAUAAAGGCGCAUGGUGGUAUAACAAUUGCUACCAAUCCAACCUGAAUGGUUUGUAUCUUCACGGAAAGGUCAGUUGUCAAGGAAUAGCGUGGUUCCUUUGGAAAAGUAACUGCUACUCUGUGACGAGAUCUGAGAUGAAGAUACGUCCAACGGAUUUUUAA